GUCGCGCGGAGGGAGCGAGCUGAGGAGCGGCUACCUGGGCCCGCACACACACACACCGGAAACCCGGAGGAAACUCAACGGAACCGGACUGACGCGACAAUACCGGGCUGUUUUGAGUGUGUUGCCCUCGCCUCGGAACCCGAGCUGUCAGGAGUUUCUCGACGUGGGACUCGAUGAAAGAUGACAGAGGAGGUGAUUGUUAUAGCCAAGUGGGACUACACCGCUCAGCAGGACCAGGAACUUGACAUCCGGAAAAACGAGCGCUUGUGGCUCCUGGAUGACUCGAAGACCUGGUGGAGAGUUCGCAAUGCCUCCAACCGUACAGGCUACGUCCCAUCCAAUUAUGUUGAGCGUAAGAAUAGCCUCAAGAAAGCCUCUCUUGUGAAGAACCUGAAAGAUACGCUCGGUCUCGGUAAAACGAAAAGGAAGACAAGCGCACGUGAUGCUUCUCCCACACCCAGCACAGAUGCAGAGUACCCAUCCAAUGGAAGCGCAGGAGGCAGUGGAGUGGGUGGAGCAGAGCGGAUCUACGACCUGAACAUUCCAGCAGUGGUGAAAUUCUCCUAUACAGCAGAGCGCGAUGAUGAGCUGAGUUUAGUUAAAGGAGACCGGGUGGUGGUGAUGGAGAAGUGCAGCGACGGCUGGUGGAGGGGGAGCCAUGAAGGCCGUGUGGGUUGGUUUCCCUCCAACUAUGUCCGUGAGGAGCCGGCCUAUGCAGAUACAAAUGCCAGCUUUGGAAGGGACACAUUGGGGAGCUUUCGCUCCCUAAGAGCAGGGCAAGGGGUGGGACUUGUCAAUGGUCGGCUGGCAGGCACAGGGAGCUCAGUACUCCAUGUGGUCCAGACUUUGUAUCCCUUCAGCUCGGUUACUGAUGAGGAGUUGAACUUUGAGAAGGGUGAGACCAUGGAGGUGGUGGAGAAGCCUGAGAAUGACCCUGAGUGGUGGAGGUGUAGGAACAACAAGGGUGUGAUUGGCCUUGUGCCCAAGAACUAUGUGGUGGUGCUGAAUGAUGGGCCUGCUGGACGAGGCCCCGCCUCCCCUCCCAUCAGCCACAUGGGCCCGUCCCGUACAGGCAGGUUUGCAGGCAAGGAGUGGUACUAUGGUAAUGUGACACGGCACCAGGCAGAGUGUGCACUCAAUGAGCGAGGAGUAGAAGGAGACUUCCUUAUAAGAGACAGCGAGUCCUCGCCCAGUGAUUUCUCUGUGUCUUUGAAGGCCGUGGGGAAGAACAAACACUUCAAGGUGCAGAUGCAGGAUGGCGUUUACUGCAUUGGCCAGCGGCGUUUCAACAGUAUGGACGAGCUGGUGGAGCACUACAAAAAAGCACCCAUCUUCACCAGUGAACAGGGAGACAAACUCUACCUGGUGAAACCUCUUGCCUGAAAUUGGCUCUAUCCUACUGGACUCGUUUUGCCUUUCCUUCACUAUUUCUUUUGCCAUUUCUCCUCUCUGCCUGUCUCCUCAUAGAACUUUAAUCAAGCCUUGAGGCUGGAUGGCAGGAUCCUUUCAUGAGCAAAGAAAACAGGAUAUUGUACUUCAGAGCCCUGUGGUUUCUCGCCUAGCUCUGUCAAGGAGGAACUGGAUUUUCUUUUAAGUUGAAAUACCCAUAAGCCUGUUAAACAUUCUUUGUUUGAAGAUUGAAUUCCAGCCUCUGAGGAGGACCUAGAAAUAAAUAUGGUCUGAUUCACUGUGCAACUGUUGUUAGCACUCUCUUUGCCUUUGGCGUACAGCUCCUCUGCUCUUACUGGCUUUGGUAAAAUAGCUUCUGUGCUUAUAUCAUAUCUCACUUCAACUUGGACUGUUUCAGAUACUUCACUUUGUGCAUUAAUAAGAAGCAUAUCAGGCCAACAGUAGGUUGGAUUAUGUCUUUGGUCAUAGCAUGCGAUGAGCAGCAAAGCACAGAUUUAGAUUUCCGUCUUUUGCACUGCUUUACAUAUAUGGUUUUUAGGGGUUUAAAAAGCAUGAAGCACAUAAUGGGAUGCAACCCAGAUUGUGUGUCCACCUAAAGAGCCAGUAUGUAGAGCCACCUCCGCUUCUUUGCAUGUCCGCCACUCCAACUAUAUCAGAAUUCAGUUUAUAUGUACUUCAACACUGGACUUGGAGCUAAAUAGACCUACUGCUAAUCUAAACUGUGCGCUCUCUUAUCCUUCUGAGACUGUUUCAGCCUUGAGGCCGAUUUCAAAUGCUGAUUUCCAUUCAUGCCAGCUCUCUUACUGACUCAGUGCACACAGUGAACCUUGGUUUCUCGGUUCUUACUGUAAUUAGAUCAAGUGUUUACCAUAAAUACAAGUCGCUCUUCAGGGUUUCUUUAGAUGCAGGGUGCUUAAUAAAGGGGCUACGUCUAUCAGCCCUAACACAUUGAGGAAAAGGAGGGGCAAGGCUUUGUAACCCAGCCAGGGGUUUGAAUGUGUCUCCUUCUACAGCCAAAUGUGCCACAUAUCUCCGGUAUGGCUAUGCUUUAGUGUCCUUAUCAACUCAGAGUUCCCUCACAUGCACACAUCAUCUCUUCUCCUAAUAACACACACUCACCUCGCUGAUUGUGAACACUAAGAGUAAUAAUACAUGUAAACUCUUUUUUUUGUUCUCUUUACUUUUGCCAUAUCUGUCUGUUUUACCAAGAAGAGUGUUGAUCAAGUUUUUUUUUAAGAUGUAUCUGAAUGUUAUUGAGCAAUGUUAUUUAAUUCUUCUUUCCACUAUAUGUACAUAUAUACAAAUAUAUAUAAAGAGAAGUUGCAUAUGAAUCGUUUAGAUCCAGCAUUAUGGUACUGUACUGAGGACAGUGUGGCGAGAAUUAAAAUACUUUUGUUCAAUAAAAGUUU